AUGGCGAGCCCAGGAAGACAAACAGAUGGCUGGGCUCUACAACCUUUCUCCAAUAAGCCACCAAAGAGUCAGCCACACAUAUCCUCUCCCUUUCUGUGGACCCCUCUCCUCUUCCUGCUCAUGGGGCUAGGAGCUUCUGAAAAGGACUCAGCCCCAACAGUGGUGAAAGGGAUUCUAGGGGGUUCGGUGAUUCUCUCCCUGAACAUUUCAGUAGGCACAGAAAUUGAGCACAUCGCCUGGAGUGGUCCCCAAGAAGCUUUGGCUUUAGCAGAUGCAAGAGGAAAGAUUAUCUUUAUAGACAAAAGCUACCAGGGGCGAAUAAACAUCACCCAGAACAAUUCCUUGUCUAUCAACAAGCUGACUCUGAAAGAUGCAGGAUCCUACAAAGCCCAGAUAAACCAAAAGAAUUCUGAAGUCACCACAAGUGAGAAAUUCACCCUGUCUAUCUAUGAACAGCUGCAGGAGCCCCGAGUCACCAUGACGUCUGUGAACAUGUCUGAGAACGCCUCCUGUAACAUCACCCUGGUAUGCUCCGUGAAGGGGGCAGGGGAAGAUGUUCAGUACUACUGGACUUCGAGGGAUCCCCAUGCUUCUGAAUCCUGGGUGGGGCCUAGUCUCACCAUCUCUUGGUUGCCCUGUGACUCAGACCUGCCAUACGUCUGCAGAGCCAAGAACCCAGUCAGCCAGAGCAACUCCCGCCCUGUCCAUGCCUGGCAGUUCUGUACAGAUCUAGGAGCUUCCAGAGGAGGACCAGUGGGGGAGACAGUGGCGGGGAUCCUGGGGGAGUCCAUCACCCUGUCCCUGGCACUCCCGGACAGUCAGCACAUAGACAACGUUGUCUGGAUGUUUAACACCUCUAUUAUCAGCAAAGAGCGGGGAGAAGAAGCAACAGCCAAUCAACUCAUUAAGUUCAAGGAUCCAAAUCUGAACACGGCGUGGGUCUCCAGCCAGGACUACUCCCUAAAGAUUGGCCAGUUGAAGAUGGAGGACGCUGGCCCCUACCACGCCUAUGUGUGCUCAAACGCCAGAGUUGCCAGCACAAAACAUAUCAACCUGAGCAUCUACCGGAGACUGAAGAAGCCAAAAGUCACCGGGAACCUCGGGCUCACAGAGGACGGCGUCUGCAGGGUCAGCCUGACAUGCUCAGUGGAGGACAGUGGACACAACGUGACAUACAGAUGGAGCCCCCUACAGAAAGGAGCUGUCGUGUCCCAAGGGGGAGCUCACCUCAGCGUCUCCUGGAGAAGUGGAGAAAAACACCCCAGCUUCACGUGCAGAGCCAGCAAUCCUGUCAGCAACAGCUCCCAGCAGUUUCUUUCUAGGGACCUCUGUCCAGGACCUGAGAGAAGGACAGCACUUUGGUCUGGGCUCUCCCUGAUGGUUCUUUUCAGCCUUCUGUGCUUUGGGAUCUCUGGCUGGUGCUUUUGGAAGAAAAAAGGACGAUGUUCAGCCCCAGGCUUCAGUUCCAGUCAAGUUGAGGCUCCAGCUGACACACCAGAGCCCACUGCUGACCACACAGUAUACUCCAUGCUCUCCCAAGGGUAUGAGAAGGUGGACACUUUCCCUAAGACUGCCAGGCACGUCUCCGACAGCAGCUCUGACAGCAAUGGAACAACUGAGGAGGAUGAGGAGAGGACAGAGAGGCACCAACCUGUCAAUGGAAGAGACCAGGUGUGUGAUUUGGUCACUCAGGAGGAUGCUGGACAUGACUCCGAGGGGCAAGCAGAGUACGAUCUCGUCACUCCAGAUGACACGGCACCGGCGCUUGUGACUGAAGGGGAAACUGUGUAUACACAGGUGUUCCUUGACUUUCAGAGACAGACCCCAGUUCCUCAGAAGAAAGAGAGGUCAGCCACAAUCUACUGCUCUAUACAGAAACCUCAGAAGGUGGCGCCAGCACCGCAACAGAAUGACCUUGAGUCUCCUGAAAUAUCUACCUAUGAAAAUGUCCCCUGAAAAGCAGCUGCCUCCCUCCAUGAGGUUGGAGUGCUGGACCUAAUAGGGCCUGGGGCUCCUGCAGGCAGAAGCACUUCAGAAUUUCCUUCAGUGUCUCGGCGAUGCCUGGAUUUGUGCCUCCCCCUUCCUCUCACCCCCAUGACUUCCCAAACCCAUUAACAGAUCAGACAACUUCUGGGCUCCAUUUGUCUCCUUGCAUGCUCAUACUGUUUCUGCCUCUCAACUCAGGUGCACACCUCAAAACUCUGCCAAGGCUUGUCAUGUUGUAGAAGGGGACCUGGACCUUCACAUGUUCCUCUAAACAGCUGCUAAGAUAAAUCCAACAGAUAUUCUCACUUACAGACACAAAGAUCUAGGUGAAAUCAUGACCACAGUAGUAUUUUUUUAAAUAAAAGGCUACA